UCCGGCCCCCGGGGGUCCGCGGCCUCCCCGACCGGGGGGCGCGGUGACAGGCCGCGCGGGGCGGAGGGGCGGGCUAAGAGGCCGGCGCAGGCCUGCGGCUCCCUCCCCACGUCCCCGCAGAGUGGCCGGAAGUAAAGAAUGCUGAUGGGAGAACCAUUUCCCUAAUUUUCAGAUUGUUGAGCUGGUUGCCAUGAUGGAUGAUCAGCAAGCUUUGAACUCAAUCAUGCAAGAUUUGGCUGUUCUUCAUAAGGCCAGUCGACCAGCAUUAUCCUUACAGGAAACGAGAAAAACAAAGUCAUUAUCACCAAAAAAGCAGAAUGAUGUCCGAGUCAAAUUUGAACACAGAGGAGAAAAACGAAUCCUCCAGUUCCCCAGACCAGUUAAACUGGAAGAUCUGAGGUCUAAAGCUAAAAUUGCCUUUGGACAGCCUAUGGAUCUACAUUAUACCAAUAAUGAGUUGGUAAUUCCAUUAACUACUCAAGAUGAUUUGGACAAAGCUGUGGAACUGCUGGAUCGUAGUAUUCAUAUGAAGAGCCUCAAGAUAUUGCUUGUAGUAAAUGGAAGUACACAGGCUGCUAAUUUAGAACCAUUGCCAUCACUAGAAGAUUUAGAUAACACAGUAUUUGGAGCAGAGAGGAAAAAACGGCUUUCUAUAACAGGUCCCACUAGUAGAGAUCGAAGCUCCCCUCCCCCAGGAUACAUUCCAGAUGAAUUACACCAGGUUGCCCGGAAUGGGUCAUUCACCAGUAUUAACAGUGAAGGAGAGUUCAUUCCAGAGAGCAUGGACCAAAUGCUGGACCCAUUAUCUUUAAGCAGCCCUGAAAAUUCUGGCUCAGGAAGUUGUCCAUCACUUGAUAGUCCUUUGGAUGGAGAAAGCUAUCCAAAAUCACGAAUGCCUAGGGCACAGAGCUACCCAGAUAAUCAUCAGGAAUUUUCAGACUAUGAUAACCCUAUCUUUGAGAAAUUUGGAAAAGGAGGGACAUAUCCAAGAAGGUAUCAUGUUUCAUAUCGCCAUCAAGACUAUAAUGAUGGUCGUAAAACUUUUCCAAGAGCUAGAAGGACCCAGGGGACAAGCUUCCGGUCUCCUGUGAGUUUCAGUCCUACUGAUCACUCCUUAAGCACUAGUAGUGGAAGCAGUAUCUUUACCCCAGAGUAUGAUGAUAGUCGAGUAAGAAGAAAGGGAAGUGACAUAGACAAUCCUACUUUGACUGUAAUGGACAUCAGCCCACCCAGCCGCUCGCCACGGGCUCCAACCAACUGGAGACUGGGCAAACUGCUUGGUCAGGGAGCCUUUGGCAGGGUCUACCUCUGUUACGAUGUGGAUACAGGAAGAGAGCUGGCUGUGAAGCAAGUUCAGUUUGAUCCCGAUAGCCCUGAGACCAGUAAGGAAGUAAAUGCACUUGAGUGUGAAAUUCAGUUGUUGAAAAACUUGCUGCAUGAGCGAAUUGUUCAGUAUUAUGGCUGUUUGAGGGAUCCCCAGGAAAAAACACUUUCCAUAUUUAUGGAAUAUAUGCCAGGGGGAUCAAUUAAGGACCAAUUAAAAGCAUAUGGAGCUCUUACUGAGAAUGUGACUAGGAAAUAUACCCGUCAGAUUCUGGAGGGUGUCCAUUAUUUGCACAGUAAUAUGAUUGUUCAUAGAGAUAUCAAAGGAGCAAAUAUUCUACGAGAUUCAACAGGCAAUGUCAAACUAGGAGAUUUUGGGGCCAGCAAACGGCUUCAAACUAUCUGUCUUUCGGGUACGGGAAUGAAGUCUGUCACAGGCACGCCAUACUGGAUGAGCCCUGAAGUAAUUAGUGGAGAAGGCUAUGGCAGAAAAGCAGAUAUCUGGAGUGUGGGCUGUACUGUGGUAGAAAUGCUAACGGAAAAGCCUCCUUGGGCGGAAUUUGAAGCAAUGGCUGCCAUCUUUAAAAUUGCCACUCAGCCAACAAACCCAAAGCUGCCACCUCAUGUCUCAGACUAUACUCGAGAUUUCCUCAAACGGAUCUUUGUAGAGGCCAAACUGAGACCUUCAGCUGAUGAACUCCUAAGGCACAUGUUUGUGCAUUAUCACUAGCAGACAGUAACCUCUCCUGUGCCUCUACCUAGCUCCCAUCUAUUCAUUCACCUUCUCUCUGACUGCACUUUUCUUUUUUAUAAAAAAGAGAGAUGGGGGAGAAAAAAGACAAGAGGGAAAAUGUUUCUCUUGAUUCUUGGUUAAAUUUGUUUAAUAAUGAUAGUAACCUAAAUUUUUUAUAUUUAAUCUUAUUUUCCCUUACAAGAACUUGAAACUUUUUUUUUUUAAUUUUUAUAAUGUACUGAUGUGGUUCAGAGAGAUAAAGCACUUUAGUACAUAGUCACUCUUUUUAGUACAAACAAAUCAUUUAGAAUACCUAAAGAUUGUAGAGUCUUUCCCUGUGUCACUCACAGAUUGGUGGUGAUGGGGAGACAUGGAAAAGGAGAACAAAUUGAUGCAUAGUUUGUAGUUUUUAGUGAUAGUAUUUAAAAUAGAUCCUCAUUUGUGGGGUUGAGCCCUAAACAUCAGUUUAGGCUAGGUACUCAACUUAAAGAAUAUAGGUUCCUUCUUAUAUCUGUAUUCUUUAGAUCCUGACCUCUGUUUACCAAGCUUUUUGCUCAGUAUGAAUCUUGAUAGCAAAUAGGAAUCUCUAAGAGGUAUGUUUAUUUGUUAAUCCUAACCAGUAUAAAAAGCAAAUAUACCACAGAAGAUCCAUAUUACUGGAAUCUAUAAACCUUGAGGGAUAGAUUUCUGGUUUGUUUGUUUUUUAAAGAUGCUACCUUGUUUUAAAAAAGAUAUGGAAAGUCAACUGAGCAAAUCCAAAUUAAAAGACAAAAGGAGUUUGCUCUAAUUAAAUGUGUGAACAGAAGAGACCACGCUUGCCAAUCAACGGAAAUAAUGAAAAGAAGAACUAAGUAUUGUUUAGUGUAUUUUAAACUAUGUUCUUUACCUGAGGGAGAAAGUCGUAAAAUUAAGGGAAAGGAGAAAUAAUCAAAAUAAUGUAUACUAUAUCUUCCUAUUUCUAGCUCCUGAUUCCCCAUAGAUGACUUUUUUUAGGAACUAAGAGUUUAACCUGGAGUAUCCAUAAAGCUAGUGUCGUGAGUUUAAAAAAAAACACAGAACAAAAAAACCCUUGUUUUGGGAUCACAGAAUACUAAAGCACCGUAAAAAAACACAAAACAGCUUAUUAUGUAAAACAGUGCUUCAUAAGGGUGGGGUGGGGCUAAUUUCUCUUGUCAUUUGGUAAUACUUGGAGACAUUUUUGGUUGUCACAAGUGGGAGGAUGCUAGUAGCAUCUAGUGAGGAGAGGGCAGGGGUGCUGCUCAUCAACACACUGUGUGCGAGGACAGCACCUCCCACCCCCCCCAGCAUCCCCGACAAAGCAUCAUCCUGCCCCAAAUGUCAAAAGUGCCAACGUUGAGAAACCUUGCUGUAAAGAGCAGCCCCAGUUAUAAACUGAUAAUAGCCAUUUACAAAGCAAGUUCCUUGUAAAAAGUAAAUUUCAGAGAUAAAGUAAUGUAAUGCAUAAUGAGGGUUUUACAAGAGCAGAUAGCAUUAUUUCAAGUCAAGAGUGAAUGAUCUCAACAGCAAAUGGCAAUCCAUUUCUCACUAGCAGCCAUAUUGCACCCAAAUCAGUAACUUCCAUUUUAGAAACAAAGUGAAUUUAAACAUGGAGCUUACUGAACUCAGCCAUCUGUAUGUAUUCUUUCCUCAAAAGUCAAUUGAGAAUUGUGGGGAAAGAAAGGCAUUAUCAAAACAAAGUAUUAACUACUUUAUAGGAAGGUUAAAAACUGUCAGGCAUUUCUAGUAUAGUGUAUCCACUGAGAGCAAGGACAUUGAAUGGAAGGGGACAGCUGGGAGAAUUCCACUAUCUCUAAUGGACUUGUGCUACUGAAAAACAUGAAUGAUAUCAGUAAUCGGCCACUUGCGGUUUUUCAAUAUAUUAAAGCAAGUGCUAAGUACUUUAUUUUUUAAAGAUCUAGAAAAUAGUAGUCUUCCUGGAGGCCCUAAAUAUGAUGCCUUUCAUGGGAUUCACAGGAGACUCGGGUGUUUUGUUUCCUGCCAAAAGGUAUGCUCUUUGGGGACUCUUGUAAAAUACUGUAGAUCUUGGUUUACUGUUCCUAUCUGGCAUUCCCCGUAGGAUAUUUGAAAUUCCACUAGAUAGUCUGAGAAGAAGUCAGCACAAACAUGGUUGUUAAAGCUUCUUCCAUACCCUUCGAAUCAAAGGAAGCAGUUCACCAAGAAGCAUACGGCCCCCUUCCCCUGGAAAAUCAACUGUCACAUUUUGUGCCCUAAACACAGUCCCCAAGGAUAUGGAUCUAUUAUAAUCUCUUUAUCGUUUAUGAGUGAAGGCAUCUCUUCUACUUGAGCAAGAUCAUGGUCUCUGGACCAGUAGGUUUUUCCUUUGUUUCUUUGUCUUGUGUGGUUAUGAUUUCCUUUUGGCUCAUUUUUGGUCUGGCAGGGUAACCAGCAGAAUAUGAGACAGAUGCUCUUUAGGGAGACACCUUGGGAGGCUAUGACCCAAAGCAAAAUUGUUUGCUUUUUUCACUCUCUUCUUUUUAAAUGCUAUAGAAAAUAAAAUCACCUUAAAAGGAACUACUACUUUGACACUGCUGCAGAAGAAUUUUGUUUUAUAAGAAAAAUAUUAUUAGCUAUGGGAAAAUAUUGUUCUUUAUAUAAAGACUUAAAAAUAAGACUAAUAGUUUACAGAGUUAUUAUAUAAAACGUGAUGUGAAUUUAUUUCAAACAAGUUGUAAUGGUACCAAAAACCACAAUAGAAGUUAAUAUAUAUAGAAACUACUAGAACAAAAAGCUUGAAGUGGGGUGAGGUGUGGAAGACCAAAAAUAAAUUUAAAAUAUAAAAUUUUGAAAAGAAACACAGGGGCAGUUAGAUAUAACUCUCCAAUUUUUUCUUUGUAAUAAUGGUAUGGAUCAACAAAUGAAAUUUGAACUUUUGAAGAUGACUCUAAAUGUGUUUUACUUUUUAAAUGCACAACUGAUUGUUCUAUACUGUACUGUUUCUUUGCUGAGGCUGGCAAGUGGCCAGACUGCUGACUUUGUGCCUUUAAUACGCAUCUGCUUGACCGCGGCAGACGUUCGGUGCUGGAGAAGGUCCACAGCAGUCUCACGUGUGCUUUGCAGGAAGUCUCCUCCUUAGGCCUUGAGAGAUUGAAAAUGGCAUCACUUAGGUUUGAGCCAAUAUAAGAUCUUCUACAUUGCAAAUAAAGUGUAUUGAAUAAAGGGUUGAAAAAUAUAAUGACUGAUGGAAAUGCUGAUGGUUGGUAAUUCUUUAACAUGUAUUUAAAAGUAUACAGCCUUUGAAAUUUUCAGUGUGAUUAUCUGGAAAUUUUUUCAAUUUUUCUCAUGUACAAAACAUGUUUCUAACUAAAAAAAUGGUUUAAGACUGUUGCCUUAGAAAGUUUUAAAAAAUAUAAUCAACCUUACAUAUUUAUAUAAUAGGUCAAAAUGCACAGGCUGAAGUAUAAAAGUUAAAACUUAACUUUAGAGUGAAUUGAAUUGUCUUUCACUUGAAGUUUUUAUGUUACUCUCAAUAGAAACUACAUAAAAAAAGGUGAAAUUCUUUGUUUAGAGUAGUUUUUUGCUGCUUCACCUCUUGCAUAUGUCAGGUCUGGUCUGUAGUAUUUCUGAGAUGGAGUUGUUAUAAGAUAUGUGAAAUCAUUAAGAAAGUCAAAGGGACAAGCCGGCGUGGGUGCAGAAGCAGGAUGUGUGCCACGUGCAUUCCCGUUGGCCUGUGGCAGAGCUCUGUGCCAGCCAUGUCAUUAGGGUCCAGCAGCUUCAUGUAAAAGCACUUCCUGUCAUGUAUAGGAAUAUGUCAAUUUUUUUUGUAAAAAUAGGCUGAAUCUUUUCCAUUUGCCACAAUUGUGGCUCGUUGUAUUGGGCACUAAAUUAACUUAUCCUUAAGGAGGUUGUGACCUGUAGAAGGAAACGUGGGUAAACAGACAGUUAUUUAUUUUAUGGCAUACCCAAACUCUGGAAGUUCAGCAGUGAUGUUUUAAAAUGUUACUGUUUUUUUUAUGAUGUGAGGGGAAAGCAAUUUUGGGUAAUUAUUGGCUGUUGUAAACUAAAAUGUCAUUAACAACAGGGGUAAAAGUAUCCCCAAAUGAGAGGGACCUCCAUAGGUUAGGCAGCCUCUUACAAAACCCAGCCUCAGCUCGACGAGCUUCAGUGGUGGAGGAGCCUUUCUUUAUUUCAGUGUUUUUUCCUGCUGUUUUUCUUAAAGGAAAAAAAAAUACUUUCUUUUGGUCUAAAUUGUUAAAAUACCCAAAACAUUUGAUAGAAAUUGAAUUCUGUCACCAGUGCUAUUUAUAUUAAGAUCAAGACAAUUUCUUGAGACCUAAUUUUUUAAUAUUAAGUUUGAUCUUUGUUACAAAUGUAAUGUUCAUAUUUAUUUGAAUUUUAAGAUUGGUUAAAUGUUAAUGAAAAGCAAUUUAUUAUUAAUUUUUGGUAGUGCCUUUUUCUCUGUAUGCCUUAAUUUUAUUUUAUGUCAAUAAUAAUUCAACUUACCCACCUAAAUGAAGGUUUUCCCCCAAAAUCAGUAGCUUCAAGAGUUGAUUGGGCCUUAGACUGUGUAUUGGCCCUUAAACGUUUCUUAAUGCCUGCUUCCUCCUACCCUUUUCUACCUCUUUUUUUGUUGUUGUUAGAAGACAAACGUUAGCAAUAGUCUGUGAUAGGCACAGGGCAGCCUGCAUUAGACGUGAACUCCUAAGAUGAGGAUAGAAAGAGGUAUUCUGAUUCUAAAGAGACACAGUAAAUUGUUUUCCAGGUUGAUUACUUGAUUUUCAAUCACAUGGACACUGCCCAGGUUAUUGUAUAUCAUGGUUCAGUUAUGAUUUCAUAGCAGAGCUAGAAUGGUUGUUUUUGCCCUAAAGAGGUUGUUUAAAUGGUUUACAAAUGUUAAGGCAAUGAGUUUUGGGGCAGUGAACAAGAAAGCCAGAGACAGAAAAUUCUAACCUAACAUUUUAACUAAAAGUCUAGCUUUUCUGUGAACUGUGUGUGUGUGUGUGUGUGUGUAUGUGUAUGUGUAGUUGGGGCAAAGGAAGGAAGAAAGGAAAGGUGCGAAUGUUCAGGUAGAUUAGUCUGUGUCCUUGAAAGAACAGCUCACAUGUGUAUGACCUACUGAUGACGGGUGCGUGUAAUCGUCGGGUAGGAACGCCAGCACAUUUCCCAGCAGUAACUCGUACAAAUGUGGUUGUUUAAUGAAGGUAUUUAUUGUACAUGGUCAAGCUCUUGGUUACUAAAAGCAGAUUAAAAUUGAAUUUGUAUGUGUGUAUAAUAGCUUAUCUAUAACCCUUAAAUAGAAAGUAAUUGGUUUUGUAUACCGUGUUUCCCUGAAAAUAAGACCUAACUGGGAAAUAAGCCCUAGAGUGAUUUUUCAGGAUGACAUCCCCUGAACAUAAGCCCUCAUGCGUCUUUUGGAACAAAUAUUAAUGUAAGACCUGGUCUUAUUUUCGGGGGAACACGGUAGAUCGUCAUGAACUCUUUGGAAUAGAAAUUUCACCAGACAAGAAGAAAUGUAUCCAAACAAGCUUUCUUAGCUUACCAAGUUCAAAGGAAGCUAUCUCAUCCCUCUUCUUGGUUGGCUAGGGAAGGCGUGCUAUGAAGCCACCACUGCCACUUCACAGUUGUCUUUAGCUGAGACUUGACUUCUGCCACAGGCUGGAGAGAAUGUGACAGUAGGCAUGGGAGUGUCAGCCCGCCAACCAUUUCAGAGCUGUCCAUGGUAAUGAGCUCCUGGGGAGUCUGGAGAAUCUGCUCAGUCACAGUGAGAGCGGACGUGCUUUUGGUUUCCUUUGAGAAAGUUGAGGGAGUAGUCAUAGCUACAAUAAAGAAAAAAAUGAAUUUUAUAUGUUGCCUGCAUAUAGUCUUUUAUGUAAUUCUGCAUAUUUUUCAUAAUUCUGCAUUUUAAUUUAAAGUAAUAUAUCUUUGUUAAUAACAGCAAAGGCAUUCAAUCAGUGAGUACUCUUACUCCCUAUGUCUGAUUACUUCUGGUUUGUAUUCACAAUCUGUAUUACCAGAAUCACUUCAAACCAAAGCUUUCAUAUUCUUUGCACACACACCAAAAUGAUUAGCACUGUUCUUUCUGCCCAGCUCUAAGCUAAUAGUAUCAAAUGAUAAAGAGGGUACUAGUAGAAUCUGUGUCUUAAUCUAUCCUUCAAGUGAAAGGACAGGUACUCAGUGUUUGCAUUAAACACGCAGAAUUUGCUUCAGCAAUUAUGGAACUAUACAGACAUUACAAACUUGAGCUUGUACAUGUGCCAGUCUUGUUAACGUCAGUUGUCCAUGAGUGCGUAUGCAUAUACAUUGACAUAUGAUGUUUCAGAUUGUUGGCGUACUUUCUUCCUAGUGUCUUAACAUUUAUGAACUUGUGUUUGACUUGAGGGGCAUUUCAGGAAGGCUGUGAAGAAAAGUAAAUUACAGAUUGAUGUCUGCUUUGUGCCAUAGACAUUUUGGAACAUAAGGAAGAGUCUGCUCUCCAGUAUACAUGCAAAGUUUAUCUCCAAAUAAGGAUUUCUGAGUCCCUUAAUGCCAGUUGAGAACAGUAAAGUUUGUGACUGUACUGAAAAGCACUUUUGUGUUCAUUAAUUUAUUGUUUUUUAGAAUUUAUUUUUUAAGAGCAUAUGUGGUGAUUUUAGUAUUAGCAUUACUUGGAGUGGAGAGGUAAGUUAACAAAAUUACAUCUUAAACUCUAGUAGAUACUUAGGCUCCAAAAUGAAUUCGACAUACUCUUUCCAAAGACUUUUUUUCUUCCUAGAAUAAGUAGAGAGAGCUUAUUCUAUUUGAGCUGAAAAGCUUUUGGGCAAAAGAGAGCAGGCCAAACCCUUGCAAUAUAUACCCUAUUCAAGCGAAAGUACAAUGUCUAAGAAUAAGAACACGUCUUUAAACACAAGUGAUUGUUUUUAAUACAAUCUUAAUCAGUAAAAGGUUUACAUUUUUUCUAUUGCUGUUGGUUUUAAAAUUUGCUACCCUGCAUUCUGAAAUAUUAUAAAAGAGUUAAUACCAAAAAUACUUUUAAUGUCUGACAUCUCUUACAUUUCACAUGGUUCUUUUUAUUCAAAUAUCAUUGUAAAUAAAAGUAAACUUGGAUAAAUUUGAGAAUAAACUUUAAUUGUUGCAAACUAUGAUUGUCAAUUUGUAAAUUUACCGCUUGACCUAAUAAUGUACAUUUUUAAAUGUAGCCAUUAAAUUCUUUAUAUUUAACCUAUUAGUUUCUCCCUGUAAAUGUUUUUAAUCUCAGUUGAAUGCUGGGCAGUUUAUAAUUAUGUACAAACGUGUUUUUUUCCUAUCAAGGUUGACUUUUUUGCACAGUUUUGGAAAUGUUUAAUUUGUACACUGAUUCACUAUGACCAAUAAUUGUUGGUGGGUGUGUGAGCACCCUGAGUGCGUGCGUUGAACUACUGUCUUGUCUCUACGUUUUUCGCUUCUUUCAAGAUGUAGCCAUCAGUAACUGCACUGCUGUUGCAGACUUAAGUGGACCCUCUUGCUUUUACGAAGUAUAUUUAUCUAUGGUUCUAUCUUUGUGGAGGAACUCAGGAGUUCAACAUCACUUUCUGAUUUUCAUGUAUUCUAAAAUCCACGACUAAGUUCAAAGUAUGCUUGUAACUGCCUAUCAGGGGGAUGUGUGUGUGGAGAUGUCUUUUUUCUGUCUGUAGGCAGGUGUAUAUAUCCCAGUAAUUUCUUAUUUUCAUUUAAUUUCUACAUUUUUAUGAACUUGUUUUAUAAGGGUACUGUUUAGUUAGAAUAAUUAAAUAUAUAUACAAAAGCUUUCUGAGAGAUUAUUUACUAUAUGAAUAUAUUUUCAGCUGGCUGAUCAAAAAUAUUUUUUUAAUUUUGUUUUUAACCAUUCAUAAUGUGUUUGUAUUUCCAGAAUUAGAUGCAAACUUACUUAGAUAGCAGUUAACAUACUCUUGCAAGGAAUAGCAUGAAUUCUCUCUUGAGAACUCUCUGAAAUGCAAAUUAAAAGGAAAAAAUAGGUUUUAAGCAGUAGCAAAAACACACUGUCCACUAAAACGGCCUUUUAAUUCUCAGAGCAAUGAAAAAAUUUGAGAAACUGAGUUGUCUUGAAGAGAGACAAGAUUUUUAUAUCUCCAGUUUCUGUUGGCCGGUCCUACUGUUGUUUUUUAAUGUUUCUUUUGUUCUACCCCAGAGAUUUCAACUCUCAGUUUUUUUCUCACUCGGCAAGGUCAGAUCUCAUGUGUAAAACAAUACAUUCAUAUAUUGUGAUUCUCUGUAAUUGACUAUAAAUUGGUUUAGGAAUGUCCAAACAUAAUUGUGUGUCUUUAUACUGUACUGUGUAUGUUAAGUAACUGGCAGAAAAAAAAAAAAGGAAAUUACAUUUCCGAUCUGACAACGUUAUUGUACUUAAGGAAAACCUUGUUUUUAAUAUGCGGUACCAGGUGAAAUUACUUGUGUUAGGAAUAAAGUCCACUGUUUAAAUGAAUGUCACUAAGCUUAAUAUGUUACAAGGAGCCGGUAUGAUUAGGAAAACCUACCAGAAGCCACAUACAGUGUGGUUUGUGCCACAUUUCAUGCAUAUUUUGACUUUGUGUUGUUCAUUAAAAAUUGUGCUUGUAAAAAUGUAUAAAAUUUCUGAGUUUUACAGUUUCUAUGGACUUGUUUUUUUCUUGCUGGUAAAUAGCUUUUAAAAAAAAUCUAAUGUGAAAGAAACCAUGUUUAUAUUUUGUUAGUGAUCAAUGACUUUGUUUAUAUGGAAAUUUGUAUAUUGUUGGCACACAUCUUUGUUUAGAUUUAUCAUGCAUGAAGGCCUGCAAUAAUUAACACAAUGAAAAUUGCUUUUUCUUACAUGUUAGUUCAUUUUUUGAAGAUUGUGGUGCAAAGGGUUACUCUAAGUAACCUGCUGUACUAUGGAAUGAAUAUAAAUGAAUGGCACUUUGAGUGUUAAUAAAGCUGAUAUUUAUUUCCACUGUUA